ACUGGCUUAGUAUACUUGAUGUCAAUAACAAUGUACGUCCAUACCAUGAUUUAUAUUUCCGUAAUUUGUGCAUUUUGCAUCUUCGGCCAAGUAUUAGCAGAAGUCAAUAUGACUAUAACAGUUCUGGAUAAUAAUCGAGACAAAACAACAAAAACAUUCAUGUGCUCGAAUGAUUCCAAUACGGUGCAUGUUCAAGUAUUCGAUACUAUUUACUUCAACUUAAUAAGCAAAUUGUACAUGAACUAUUUUUGGUGUUAUAUUGGCGAAGGGCGAAUUGAAGUACAGGGCAAUGAUCACAAGAACGUGACUUCUGUACUGUUUCAAGUAACGGAUACUUCGACAGGACAAUUGAAUUGUUGGAUUUAUACGGAAAGAGACGUAAAAUAUAUUGAGGACAGGAGCGUUAACUAUUUAGGUCAUACAUACCGGCAGUUAACAUGUCAAAUGACAUUAUAUGUAAAACACAAGCUCUCAUUGACAAUUUUUAAUGCGAAAGACAAUAUUAAAGAGGAGCUCUUUAAAAAUGGUGUCUACCAUUACAAAGCGGGUGAUCACUUGACCAUUACCUGUAGUUGCCUCUCUCUUAAGAGCAGUAAUCUACCGAAGGGAGCCACACUUACAAUUUUUCAAUUGCGUGAUAAACUAACACAACAAGAUAAAUCUACUGAUUUGAAUAAUGUAAGCGCCAGUUUCACAUUACAGAGGACAGAUAAUUAUUCAAGUAUAAUAUGUUCAUAUCGAAGUCCCGAUUAUAGAUCACACGAUAUAACUUUAGAUUUAGUUUUAGUACCUGAUGAACCUCCAAAAAUGACGUUGGAAGGGGGGGAUGGAAAAUUUUAUGAAACAUCGGAUUCAAACUACGUUUACGAAGGUACAACGACUGAUAUAAUAACUAUAUCUUGCUCGAGGAAACAAACUGAAGGAUCUUUACACUGGGAUUACUGUUCUUACAAAACAGAUGCCAACUGUUCAACUGUAAGGAACACCCAAAGUCUAACCAUAAAACGCUAUAAUUUUUCACUCUCGAAAAUGAAUGGGAGUUACUUAGAGUGUGUCUAUACAAGCCCUGAGGGAGUUCCAACGAAAUCUACAAUUUCAUUCAAACUAACAAAAGAGAAUGAUCAAAAUGAAGUUUCAGGUGAUAGAAACUCUUUCAAGAUAGAUGUAGCGUCAAAUUUUUUUUAUAAUGGCGACACUUUUUACUUUAACUGUUCAACAAAAGGAGAUUACAUGCUUUCGAUGUAUUUCUGUGAUUCAUCAGACGUACACUAUACUGUACCUGAAAACUUUCAGUAUAACAAUGGUUUGACAACUUCAAGUAACUCGUACAACAUGAAUUUCUCCAGCGACGAAGUGACUCUGUAUUGUCAAAGGCUGAAGAAAAAUUUGGUACGAAGAAGUAGCGGGAUUAUAAGUUUGAAGUUAACUAGACAGGAGAUAACGGACGAAAAAGGUCCAAAAUCAACCAAUGAGAAAACGACUAACUCUUUAAAAGAAGAUCAAAAACCAAUUAGCGACAACAUGAAUUCCAUGUUCAAUAAAACUUCAGAUCAAGAUUCUGAUGUUUCGAUCCGAGUAAUAAUAAUUUAUUCACUGGCAGGAGUUGGCAUUUUGUUUAUAUUGAUUCUAUUGAUUGUUAUUAUCAAGAUCCUCACUUCCAAGAAAGUGAAUUCUCGAAGGCAGAAUCAAGAAGACGUUACGUACGAGAAUCUACAGAACGAAUCGGCAUCUCCGAUGCCGUUCCCGAGAGCGGCAAGGCUAGAAGAGAUCUAUUUAACACCUUCUGACUCCUCAGCAGAAUCUCCAUACGCUUAUCCAACAAAUGAAAGCGAAACAUACGCACUGCCAUACACCGCAAAAAACAUUGAAGAACUUUAUUCAAAGCCAGUUCCGAAAUCGCAGCGAGACAAGCCUUCCAAUCAGAAACAGCUCUACAGUGCCGUGCUACCGAAAAACAUGAGGAAUCGACCAGUCCACAAAACUGACGAUGUUACGUAUGCCCAAAUUGAAAUAAACACUAAAAAAUCAUUAAGCAAACCUGAUCGGAACCCAAAUUCUGACUAUGCUACAAUAAUGGACGUGAACGUGGAUUAUGCCAAUUUAAAUAUAUCUGCAAAUACAAAUGUUGGUACUGACAAUGAACAGAGCUACACGAACGUUUUUAACAAGGAAUCGUACGUUAAUAGCAAAUCUAAGAAGGUAGACUCCGAUUAUGCUGAACCAAGUUACUGUGAAAUAAACAAAUUAUAACUAACCGCCCUAUUAUAAAACGUGGACUGAAGUUAGACUUGGUUGAAGCAAAAUAGUGUAUGUGCCUUAGCUUUAGCAAAAAAGGUGAGACUAUAAUUUUAAGAAUGGGCUUAUAACAUAUAUUUGUUAACAAACACAACACAACAAACAGUAGUUCAUUUGUCUGUGAUCUUGCUCAAAAAGUUUGCCGUUACCUUUACAAAAUUAUAUCAUCCUUCUGAAUGUUUUAUUGUUAGAAAUAACGUAACUGUUUCCGAAUCUUUUAAAGAGAUUUUAAAGCAUGGGUGCAGUAAAACAGUUUACGGUUCCGUUAUACGGUGCGUAAUUAUGAAACUUCGAACAGUGUCUAAUAAUACAUAGGCAAUUAAUUUAUUAAUAAGGACCACUAGAUAAAGUUACAUAAAAAAUUUAAAUUUGAACAUUAUAGCCAGGGCUAUUAACCGGCUUCCAAAAUACCGGUAAAUAAAGGUUAAUACCGGUUUUUAGUAAAGGUUUCGUUCGGAGCGCGUCCGAAAUGAAAGCGGUACCUAAAACCUUAAUAAACCGGUUUAAUCCAGAGCGACACGUGCACGCGUCGGCAUCGCUUGAAGUUUGUUUUGUUUGAACUAAUCAAGUCACAACUUGUUAAUGCUCAGAGAUUGAUGCAUUUAUUGACACGUUUGCUAGCGUCUAGUGAGUCAAGUUAUUCAUUUUUUAGUUGUGUACUGACACACUACUUCACUCAUUCGCUCUGUAAAUUAAAGUAAAUUUGAAUUGAAACGGCGAAGGCGAUGCCGUCAGUAAGAGCGAAAUGAAACCCUUUAAAAACCGCUAAAUUGAUUCAAAACCUAUUUGAUUUCGCUUUUUAGGAAAACCGGUUUUUUUAAGGUUAAGGUAGAGCCAAACCUAAAUAAAACGCUCCUAAUGUACUUGAUACUGAUUUAGGUUUGAAAAUUAACCGGUAAACAAACCCUGAUUAUGGCACUGAUAGAUGAAUUUGUGAACGUUUUAUUAGUGACGCCUUUGAAACUGUACUUUCUAUUUCUUAAUAACUCAGAAAAUUAAGGCCUAAAUCGUAGAAAAGAGUCAUGAAAGAUAUCACUCUCACUCAGUCUGUUGUAAGCUUCAGGCAAGCGGUAGCUCUGACAAGGACGUCAUGUCCGUCUCUCCGUCCCCGGUUUUGCUUGGAGACUAUUAGCACUGGAGAGCUGUAAUUUUGUGGAGAUAUGUAUAUCAAUCACGCCAACAAAAUUGUAGAAUAAAAUUAUGAAAAAUAUUUUUUUUAGGGUAGCUUCCCUACAUGUAACCUGGGACUGAUUUUUUUUCAUCAUAUACCCCAUCGUGUGGGAUAUUUUACAAGGUACUUUACUCAAGUGAAUGUUGUGUGUGCUUGUAAAGGCUUGCAUAUAUGUCUUAGAAUAAGUAUUAUUUUAUUUAAUAAUGUUUUUAUAUGUUAAGCUGUAAGUACACCCAUUAAAGAAAUAAAUAAAAAAAUAUAUUAGUUGAGGGAUUUUUAAAAACUUUUGCAUUUCUCAUAAUAAAUCAUAGAGGUUAGGAGGCUUGAGCAAUAAUAUUAUCUUUUAUGUGGAAUAAAGUUAAGAAGCUAUUAUUACACCCGAAUCUUGAAUAGUAUUUACCUCAUGUAAUACAGUAUCAUUUAUUUUGUAAUGUGACUUAAAAUUGUUAGACUCACGUGAUAAUUUUACAUGGUAAUAAAUAAUUUAUAAUUUAUUAAAAUAAUUUAUUAAUAUUGAGAAAAAA